AUGGAGAAACACUCGUAUAUUGACGGAAUUCCAGGGACCGAGCUCCUGGUGGAUGUUAAAGGAGUAUCCACAGAUGAGCAUGCAGGAAAUUCCGAGAUCAUCUUGAUCCCACAACCAACCGAAUGUUCCGGUGAUCCUCUGAGAUGGCCAAAAAGAAAGAAGUACUACCAAUUGUUCCUGGUUGCUUUAUACGCCUGUGCCUUUUCUUUCGGAGAAAAUACCUUGGGUGCUGCGUGGACAACUGUUUCAGAGGAGACUGGCGUCUCGCUCACUAACAUGAAUGGUGGAUCUGCACUCAACUACCUUUUGCUAGGAUUCGUGAACAUUUUUUGGAUUCCAGCUGCAAUGAAGAUUGGUCGUCGUCCUGUUUUCAUACUGACCACUGUUUUCUGCUUGUGUGCAGGCGUUUGGCUUGGAGAGUUCACAGGCGUUGCUCAAUGGAUGUUGGCUCAGGUGCUCAAUGGAUUUGGCACGAGUGCUUACCAAGCAGUGAUCCAGCUUGCUGUUUUUGACAUGUUCUUUGUUCACGAGCGUGGAACCAUGAUUGCUGUUUAUCUUUUUGGCCAGCAACUCGGUUCGGUCAUCGGGCUGAUCUCGGGUGGAAGCAUUGCUGAUGGUCCAGGCUGGCGCUGGUCCCAAUACAUCGUCGCGAUGAUUGAUGGUGCGGUGCUUCUUUUACUCAUAUUCACUUUUGAGGAGACUAUGCUACCAAGAUUCCUGUUCAAUAGGAAUGCUUCUGGUCUUUCUUCAGAAGCCGAUGACGAUGGCCUUGCUGAAUCUGAAGAGAAAACAAAAAUAAUAAGCGAGGUCAGGGAAGAGGGUUCCACUGUCGACACGAUGAUUUCCAGGUUCCCAAGAAGAUCAUAUAUCCAAAUGCUGAAACCUUGGGUAUAUUAUCCCGAGGAUAGAACCACUUACUGGCAGUAUUUCCGCCGCCCGUUCUUUCUCUUUUUCUUCCCUAACGUUGUCAUCUCCGGCUUCAUCUUUGCAUUUGGUUGCACGGCAGGCAUUGUUUCAUUCAACACUAUCUCUGAAAUAUUGACUGAUGCUCCUUAUGACAUGUCCACCACAGGCGCUGGUCUCGUCUGCUUUGGAGCGUUCGUGGGAAACAUUAUCGGCUACUUAACUGGUACUCUUUCAGACUACGUCGUGAUAUACUUCUCCAGAAGAAACAACGGUAUCAAGGAACCAGAGUUUAGACUCUAUACUCUCGCAUUGUCAUUCUGCUAUGCAGCAUUUGGUUACAUGAUGUAUGGCUGGGGUGCACAAGAACAGGGUAGUUGGGCUCUAGUCGCCGUGGGACUUGGUGCAAUGAUUGCCCACCAGGUAUCGGCGUGUGGAAUUGCAACGUCGUAUGCAAUGGAGUCAUUUAGAGGAAUCGCAGGUGAGCUGGUGGUGGUUCUGGCUAUGUGCUCUUCCUGUAUUAAUUUUGCGAUUUCCUACUCUGUGCAACCUUUCAUAAACAGAACCGGAUACGGCUGGGCAUUCUUCUUCUUCGGAAUGUGCGUCCUUGGUAGCAUGGCCAUGGCGAUUCCAACCAUCAUCUGGGGCAAGUCUUGGAGACAAAAGUGUGCUCCAAGGUACUAUAAGUUUGUUGCCGAGAACUGCAAUUGA